UUCUACGAGUGUACGCUGAACAGAACCUCCAAAAUAAAAUGCAACUAACUGCUGCCUCAGUUUUUCUCCUAAUCACCGUUCUGCAACUCACCUCCGCUGCCGAUGAUAAAGUUCCACCCAACUGUUUGGGCAAAACUUUCAACGUGGACCCUUUCUACUGCUGCAAAACACCAAAACUACUGGACGAAGCGGUCGUAAAGCAGUGUAUGCAGUUGUACCCUCCACCCAAGGAUAGUCAGACCGACAUCAAGCCGGAUUGCAUAUCGGAGUGCAUGAUGAACCGCACGGGAAUUUUCAACCGGAAGAAGAGCAUCAAUGAUGAGAAGGCAAUGAACACGUUCACCGAUAAACUGGACGAAAAUUCGCUUUGGGUCAGCGUUGUCGAGGAUUCCGUUAAGGAUUGCCUUGCCCAAGCUGAUGCUCGGAAGUCGGAUUUCGACAAGGAUAUGAAAGAACUUCAGAAGCGAUUUGGUAGUGAAAAGAUAUGCUCCCCGGCAGCCGGGUUUAUCGUGGAGUGUGUCCAUGCGGCUGUUUACAGGAACUGUCCGGCAAAAAUCUUCAAAAGCAGUGACAGCGAGUGUAAUGCCAUCAAGACACAUCUAAGCCAGUGUCCAUUCUUCACGAUUUUCCCGAAUAAACCUACGAAGACAAACUGAUCUGCACGGUUUGAAGUUUAAU